CAGGACGCACAGCGCAGCCGGAGGGGAGGGGGCACCGGCGGGAUGGAGAGCCCCGCUAACACCGCUCCUCUCUCUCUCUCUACACGCGUUACCCCGCAGCCGCCCCCGAGCGCACGAGUCAUCCGCGCUUGCCAUAAGAAAACAAACAAACAAACAAACAAACAAACAAGCGCGCAGCUCCGGCGGACCGUCGCUAUUCUCGUGACUUUGAGAGACUUGACUUUCCCGGACUUGUCGGUGCGCAAACGGCGCAACUACUUGUGAUCUCCUUCUCCAACUCCAUCCUAUUGUAGCAUCGGCCUUCAUGAGGAGAAUGCUACCUUCCGUACAACAGCUGUAAAAUGAAUGCCACUCUCCAUCAACCCGUCGUGACCAUGUAUCUCCAGACAAAAGCAUCUGUCAUGAAUUCCAGCUGCAACUGGUCAUGGCCUCAAAGCAACGUAACAUCAGGGGGCAGUGCUAUGCAGCUGCCCACAUUCUCCACGGCCGCCAAGGCCAGAGUGAUCAUCACCUUUGUUCUGUGCGGCAUAUCUACCUUUUGCAAUCUGGCUGUAUUAUGGGCAGCAAACAGCAACGGCAAGCGUAAAUCCCAUGUCCGGGUGCUGAUAAUCAACCUGACGGUGGCUGAUCUACUGGUGACCUUCGUUGUGAUGCCCGUGGAUGCAGUGUGGAACAUCACAGUCCAGUGGCUUGCCGGGGACUUUGCCUGCAGGCUUCUGAUGUUUCUUAAGCUGCAGGCGAUGUACUCUUGUGCCUUCAUCACCGUGGUGAUCAGUUUGGAUAGGCAGUCGGCCAUCCUCAACCCUCUGGCUAUCAACAAGGCUAGGAGGAGGAACAGAAUUAUGUUGACUGUGGCAUGGUGUAUGAGCGCUGUGCUGUCAGUCCCUCAGAUUUUCCUCUUCCGUAACGUGACCAUCACCCAUCCAGAGGACUUCACUCAGUGCACCACGCGCGGGGGUUUUGUCGCCCACUGGCAAGAGACGGCCUACAAUAUGUUCACGUUCUCCUGCCUGUUCAUGCUGCCCUUGGUGAUCAUGAUCAUCUGUUACACCAGGAUCUUCUGCGAAAUCUCAAAGCGGAUGACGAAGAACAACUUGUCUUCAAAUGAAGUGCAUCUGCGGCGUUCGAAGAACAACAUCCCCAAAGCGCGGAUGAGAACUCUGAAAAUGAGCAUCGUCAUAGUCAUAUCUUUCAUCGUCUGCUGGACUCCAUACUACCUACUGGGCCUGUGGUACUGGUUCUUUCCUGAGAACCUGGAAGGCAAGGUCUCUCAUUCAUUGACCCACAUCCUGUUCAUCUUCGGGCUUUUCAAUGCCUGCCUGGAUCCAAUCAUCUAUGGCCUGUUCACCAUUCAUUUCCAAAAGGGGCUCAAAAGAUACUACCGCAAUGCCACCAGGAUGUCGGAUCUGGAGAGUAGCACGGCUAUAACGGGAUCUUUCAGAUUUAAUGCCAAUUCAGUGGUCUUGAAAAGACAGUUGCCUACUGCUGGCCAGAGCAGGAUGGGACCGUGCAGUGAUUGCACUGAACCAGAGUCCAAGUCACCCCAAAGCAGCCACCCAACAGAAUGCAGGGAUGCUAACAGGGACCCUAACCAGUCCAGUAUGGACAAUAUACUGUAAUACGAUGGGUAGAAAUCAGGGCAGAUCUGAGCCAAGAAAUGUCGAUCCUGAUUAUGUUACUGUGUAAUUUAUUACGUGUUUUUGAUGUAGGGUCGUUUCUUUCUUGAAUAAUGUUCACCUGUUGGUUUAUAUUAGACACCAAAUUGGUAUGUGUACAAUCGUGUUGUAUGUGAAAAACUGAAAUCAUAACCACCUACGGUUGGAACCUACAUUCUUUGUCUUAACUGUAAAGGGGGGAACUGUUCAAAUUACUAUAUUUAAAUAUUGCAUAAAAGCAACAUAAUGUCACAACAUCACGUAACUGCAAUUUCAAAACAAAUGUGUUGAUGCUUUCUAAAUGCUAAAUUUCGGUUACCUUGAAUUUAGUGUAAUUCGUGGUGUUCUUAGUGUUGCCAGUUUCAGAGUACUAGAUUGUUUUAGGAGCUGUUGAAGUCAGCCAUAUCAUGGUUGACUCAUAACGAAUGACUAAAAUGUAAUUUGUGUGCCCUGGCUACCUGGAGCAGGAUGAACUGACACCUCCAUGAGAAAUGAAUAAAAGCCCGCUCUUCAAAUGGGCUUGAAAUGUAAUAAAUCCUACAUAAAAGA